CUUUCCCCUCCCUUCUUCAUCCCUUCAAUCCCCCCGCUAACCGGGUGAGUCGAGAAUGCGCCGAGUCAAGAAAUCCCGCAACGGCUGCGCACGAUGCAAGAGCAAACGGGUCAAAUGCGGGGAAGAGAAGCCUCACUGUAGUCGAUGUACUCGUCUUGGCGUGAAAUGCCCCGGCUAUGUACAGAAUCUGCGCUGGGUGACCAAAUAUCCUUCAGCAAAUGGAGAGAACGAGAGCGUCAUCCUCCCGCGGGACAAACCUGAUGGGUCAUCAUCAAGAUCCAACCAAUCUCCCACUCUCAGGUCGCCAGGACUUACGGAUAUAUUCGCAAACUCCCCACUUAUGGUGGAUGGCGGUGAUGUCGGCCUAAACACAAACGGCACCCCGGCAUCGCAAGGGCUAGAAGUAGAUGAGACAAACGCCCUCUGCGACAAUCUCUGGAACUUGCAACAAUCGAGCACGCUUCCCGAAUUGACCGAUUUAUGUCCUCCUUCGCCAGGUUCGACGUCGUCGAUGCCGGGAACCCAGCAUGGCAACCCGCUAUUUGACUUUGAAUCGGUCAACCUGACUGACAGUCCUUUGGAUCUGUUUUCCUUGGCUGCACCGGCACUUCAGAAUGAAGCACCCAGCUUUCCGGGCUUCGAUCCUUCGGCCAUUGUACGCAAAUACCCUCCUGCGGAAUCCAGUGCUCCUCAUCGAGACUUCCUGUCCAUCUCACAACCCAUGAACAACCCGUCUUGGACCCUCAUCGAAUACUACUUCAAAGAAGUGGCGGCGCUGUUCUCAAGCUAUGACAGUCAAAUGAACCCCUUCCGCUCCACGGUAUCCCGCCUCUGGGGUUCCUCGCUGGCCAUGUGUAAGACCAUGCAAAGUAUGGCCGCGGCCACUCUAGUCAAUGACUUCCCCCAGUUCGGUCCCAUGGGCCGCAGAUUGCGCAACGAAGCCGUCGACAUCAUCACGAAGGAGUCUGCCAUGGACGAUAAGUCCCUGCUGGCCUUACUCAUGCUGGGACAGAGCGCCAGCUGGCACGACUCUAAAGAUCUGGGGAUUUCGUUCUUCAACCUCCUGCGGAACCACCUUGACGCAAAGCCGUCAUUGAAGGAUUCGAAUGCCCAUCACGGCAAUAACCAUCAGUUUUUCGAAGAAGCCCUGGUCUACUGGGAAAUGCUUCUCUCGUUCGUCGCAGAUGACGCAACGGUCCUUUCGGGAAACACGGCCAUGGACACAGGUGAAUCGCUCGUGCUGCAGCGCGUUCCUCAUCCAUGGACAGGGAUUGCGCGCGACACGCAGUUCACCGUCCAGGAAGUCGGGCGGCUCGUCCGCUGCGAACGCAAACGAAUCCGCCUGAGGAUUUUCACCUCGCAUGCCGACAUCACACAGGCCCGAAGAGCCAUUGACAAAGCCCGUGAACUCGAAGAACGCCUCCUCGCCCUCGCCCAUCCCGCCGAGACCGAAAUCGUCAGCCCCGGCGACGACGAAACCCCCGUCUGGCAUCUCCUCACCAUGGCAGAGGUUUACCGCUGCACGGGACUGAUGCAGCUCUAUCGAGCCUUUCCCGACCUCCUCCGCCGUCGCCUACCAACUCUUCGAUCCUCGUCUCACUCCUAUCCUACCAACGAGCCGGCCCCAUCGUCUCUAGCGCAGCAACAACAGGCCACAACGACACCAGCGGACCCUUUCCUUCCCGUCAACUCAGACUCCGAUCCGGACACCAGCAACCCUUCUUGGCUCUACGACCCGUCUUUCAUCCCCACGGACCCCAACACAGACCCAGACCCCACGAACUCCACCAACCCAUCCCCGCAACCCCCAGACUCAUCCUACUACGACGACUGGCUCACCGAAUUCGCCCUAACCACGCUCUCCCGCCUCAAGACCAUCCCGCAGGAAUCCCGCACCAGAUGCCUCCAGCCCUUCCUCCUCGUCGCCUCGAGCAGCGAACUCCGACUCUCGCGCCCCCCUUCCCCCCUGUCCGAGGAUGAUCCCGCCGCAUCCAAUAUUUCCUCGCACUCCAUCGAGGUCUCCCGCACGAGACGGUUCGUGCUGGGUCGGUUGACCUCUUUCCUGCAUGUCCUGCCGCCGAAGCCGAUCGGGGUGUGUCUGCAACUGGUGCGCGAGGUGUGGAAGCGUAUGGAUGCCGGUGAGACGGGGGUUUAUUGGAUGGACGUGAUGAUUGAGAAGGGGUGGGAGACGACCAUGGGAUGAUAGGAUUGGCUUUAAUCUGCCAUGGAAGAAUGCGGUCGUCUUUCACUCACUUCGUUGUAAAUAAUUCUUGUAUACAUGGACGAUAUACCCUGGAGACAUGGUUUGAUUGCAUCAUGU